AAAGAAAUCUGUCAAUAGUUGUCAAAAUGGCGUUUUGAACUUUGGAAACCGAGAUUUGUACAAUUUUUAUUUAAAUAUUUUAUUGAAGAUGUAUUAGUUAAUACCAAAAUCAACAAGAUAAAAUGCAAUAAAGUUGUUACAGUGGCAAGCAAUUGUGUUUAAGGAUUAACUGGGGAUUAUUUUUUUACAUAUUUUUAAGAUGGCCAGCAAACCUACGAAAAGGAAGUCUAUUCACGCGACAAAGUUAAAUUUCAGGCCCACGACGAGCGACAGUAAUUUAGAUUAUAAAGGGACGAAGCCCACCUGUGAACCUACCUCAAUUAAAGAGAUUUUUACGCUAAUGGUGCUGUUCAUUUGCAAGAAAUCGUUAUUUUUCGACACCAACCUAAAAGUAGCCUUAUAUUUAGGAUGUCUGUUUUUAAUAUCGCUUAUAGCGGAUGUAGCGACAAUUCCCAAGACGUACCUUUCCCGAUCGGAUAAUAUAUUUAACAAGUAUUUUGUUAAGUUCGCGUGGGGAUGGAAUCUAAUGUUAAUCGUGCCUUUUUUGACCUUCACCUCCUAUAUUUAUUGCUGUGGACAAAUAAAAAAGAUAACAAAACAUCACUUACCUCGAAUUGUAAUAGCAACGUUCUUUUGGUACUUUUGGACGAAGAUAUUUAAUAUUGUUGAAGCUUCUUUUGGAAAAUGCCAGAUCAAACAGUAUGGUUCGAAAGAAACAUGUUUAAAAGCUGGUCAUGUAUGGAACGGUUUUGAUACAUCAGGACACUCGUUCAUUCUAAUAUAUGGUAGUUUGUUUUUAAUAGAAGAAACAAGAAGUAUGAUUAACUGGGACAGUAUAAAAGAAUACUUAAGACUCGAAGAGCACAAUAGAGUUACAAAAGAUACCGCUCAAAGUACAAAUCCUUUAAGAAAUUUAUCAGAAGCUGAAUUCAAAACUUUGCAAUUUAAUUAUGAAAAAUAUACUCCAUAUAUACGAGGUUUCUUUGUACUGAUAACGUUGUUUCAAAUUUUAUGGGAUGUUAUGUUAGUGAGCACAAUGCUCUAUUAUCAUGUAAUGAUAGAAAAGUUUGUCGGUGGAUGUCUAGCCAUUUUAACAUGGUUUUUCACAUACAGAUUCUGGUAUGUACAUCCUAAACUACUACCAAAACUGCCUGGAGAAGGGGUAUUUAAAUAUAUCAAAAAAACGACUAAAGAACCAGUGCCAGUAACCCAUCGAAGAAGAACGGGUAGUAUAGUGAAUGGAAAUAGCGGACCUAUGUUUAUGGGUAGACCAAUUUACACACAAUCGUCACCACAAGAAGACGAGUCAACAGCAACCUAGUUGUAUUUUAUUUGCCAUUACUGUUUUGUUAUUUUUUGCAUUUUGAAUAGGUAACUUAUUUUUUUAUAUAUUUUUAUUUAUACAAAGGUCUAAAUAGCUUUAAUACUUGUUGGUUUUUGGUUUUAUUAUUUUUGUCACUCAAAGGUAGCUAGUCAUGAUUCAAGUCACACCGGUUGUAUCUAAUUUUUUUAUAAGUAAUUUAUGAAUAGGGCAAAACUUAAAAAGAAAAAAUAUCAGAGUUAAAGUUAAUAAUAUAUCAAACGAUAUGUAAAAUAUAAUUUCUUUACAAAUGGGAUGUUUUAGUCUCUAUAAUAAAGUUUGUAUUGACAU